AAUUUCAAAAUAUGUAUCUUGUUUCCUUUGUAGCACUUUUUCUUUCCCUUUCUCUAUUCCAAACACUGUAAAUCAUUACUUUCCUGAGUGCUUUGUGUCACACUGACAUACAAAAAUACCUUGACUAACAAGACAAAAACAAAAACAAACACAAAAACAAACACAAAAACAAACGAGAAGGGAUUGUAAAUGAAAAUGGAAGUAGACAGUGAGAACAAACAAGAGAACAACAUCAAAGAGGAUGAUCUGUUCAAAGCAGCUGAAGAAGGAGAUUCUUCAGUCUUCGAAGCGUUGUCCACUGAAACACUCUCCAAAGCCCUCUCUUUAAGAAACGAAGAUGCUCGUUCUCUUCUCCAUGUUGCCGCUUCUUCUGGUCACUCUCAGGUAGUGAAGAUAUUAUUGUCAUCUGACGCAUCUGCUGAGGUUAUAAAUAGUGCUGAUGAGGAAGGGUGGGUACCACUUCAUUCUGCUGCCAGCAUUGGGAAUUUGGAGAUAUUGGAGGCUUUAUUGAACAAAGGAGCUGAUGUUAAUAUAAAAAACAAUGGAGGACGUACUGCCUUACACUAUGCAGCCAGUAAAGGUCGGUCAAAGGUCGCUGAAAAACUCAUCUCCCAUGAUGCCAAGAUUAAUUUAAAGGACAAGGUUGGUUGCACCCCGUUGCAUCGGGCAGCUAGCACUGGGAAUUCUGAGCUGUGCGAACUUUUGAUUGAAGAAGGAGCAGAUAUCGAUGCUGUUGAUAGAGCUGGUCAAACUCCUCUGAUGAAUGCAGUGGUUUGUUAUAACAAAGAGGUAGCACUCCUUCUUAUAAGGCAUGGAGCAGAUGUGGAUGUGGAGGACAAGGAAGGGUACACCGUACUCGGUCGAGCUACCGAUGAGUUUAGACCAAUAUUAAUUGAUGCUGCCAAGACCAUGCUAGAGUGAUACAAAACACAAGAGAAUGAGAAAAUUGUGAGGAAUGCAAUAAGAGAGCAUUGUGCUGUAAAGGAAACAAGGUUUUGCUUAAGACCUGUAUUAUGUGUAUGACCAUUGAGUGCAUUCAAUGGCCUGCAUUUUCGCCAACCAACCUUGCAUUUCUCUCUUUUUUUCGAUACCAUUCUUAACCGGUAUUCAAGGUUAAUUUUCGCUGACAUAUUAAGCACCUGUUUGUUUUCACGGUGGGAUGCUCCAUCACCGCGUAUUUUGAUGUUGCUAGUUGUCGCUUCCUAAUUUUUACUGUGUCUUUACAUUGAUAAGCGAUAAAACAUAUGCUAAAACAACUUAGGUUUAAGGUUUAUGAUGCUUGUGAUUUGUGAAUA